GACUGGGAAAGAGGAUGAAUCCAACAUUCGAGCACCCCGAUUGUUCAUCGAGAAUCUGGAAAAUUUCUUAUCCCAAUCGCCCCAGUUGGACAACCGCAUCAUUCUGGACAAUCUGAAUACGAUUAUUUUUGCUGCCACCGACACUUCGGCCACCGUGGCCUCCACCACCCUUCUUAUGCUGGCCAUGCAUCCGGAAGUUCAGGAACGUGUCUACCAGGAGGUGAUCAGCGUGGCACCCAGUGGUCCUCUCGAGUAUCAAGAUGUAUCGAAACUGGAGUACAUGGAAAUGGUUAUAAAGGAAUCGAUGCGACUGGUUCCGGUUGUUGCCUUGGUUGGGCGCAUUUGCGAAAAAGAUCUAACGGUUGGAGAGUAUGAGAUUCCAGCUGGAGCGGAGAUCGUGAUUCCGAUUAUCAAAUUGCACCGCAAUAAGCGAAUCUGGGGACCGAAUGCGGAAGAAUUUGAUCCGGAAAAUUUCUCCCGUGGGAACUGUGCUAAAAUGCACCCCUAUGCGUUUCUGGCAUUCAGUGGAGGUGCGCGGAAUUGCAUCGGAAUGAAGUAUGCGUAUUUAACUCUAAAGAUUGUGCUGGCUAAUCUGUUACAGCACUAUCGAUUCAGUACCCGGUUGAAACUGGACGAAUUGAAGUUCCAUGCUUCAAUUGUGCUGCAAAUUGCCAACGGGCACAUG